GGGUGGGUGGGGGGGAGCCCAGCCUUUAAAAACCACGCGGCCCCGCGUCCAGCACUGUCAGCUGUGGAGAGAACCGCGGUGCCCAUGGAGAAGAGCACAGUGCUGAUCACCGGCUGCUCCUCGGGCAUCGGGCUGGGGCUGGCAGUGCGCUUGGCGGCCGACGAUUCCCGCAGGUUCAAAGUGUUUGCCACUAUGCGUGACCUGGCCAAGGGUGAGCAGCUGCUGGAGCGUCUGGGGGGCCGCUGCCCCGACACGCUGGAGCUGCUGCAGCUGGACGUCACCGACCCGCACUCGCUGGCUGCGGCUGUGCGCUGCAUGCAGGGGCAGCACCCGGACGUGUUGGUGUGCAACGCAGGGGUGGGUUUGAUGGCCCCCCUGGAGAUGUGCUCGGAGCAGGCCAUGAGAGCAGUGUUCGAGGUGAACGUCUUCGGCACCGCACGCACCAUUCAGGCCUUCCUGCCCGCCAUGAAGCGCCGCCGCAGCGGGCGCAUCCUCGUGUCCAGCAGUGUCGGGGGGCUGCAAGGGGUGCCCUUCAAUGCCGUGUACUGCGCCAGCAAGUUCGCGCUGGAGGGGCUGUGCGAGAGCCUGGCCAUCGUUCUGCGGCCCUUCAACAUCCACAUGACGCUGGUGGAGUGCGGCCCGGUGCACACCGCCUUCAUGGACAACGCGCGGCGCGCCGACCCUGAGGGCCACGAGCUGCGGGCGCUGGACGCUGAGACGCAGCAGCUGUACCGCCGCUACCUGCAGCACUGCGCGCAGCUGUUCCUCGACGCCGCCCAGGAGGUGGACGAGGUCCUGCAGGUGUUCCUGGAGGCCAUCGCCGCCCCGCGACCGCCGCUGCGCUGCAUCACCGCGCGGCUCCCGGCCCCGCUGGCGCGGCUGAGGCCAGGCGGCCCCGACGGCGCUGACUAUGUGCGGGCCAUGCACGACUUCGUCUUCGGCCCCGGUGAAGCCACCGAGGGGCAACCGUGAGCGCGGCCCCGGGAUGGCCCCGGCAAUAAAGCCUCGUGCCCGCGGCUGCGGUCUGGCCUCUUGCUGAGGGGCGGGGAUCGGGCACGGGGGGACGGCACCGGGACCGGGGGGGGUGGCAUCGGAGCUGUCGAAUGAGCGCUCCCGGAUCCGGGGCCCCACAAUCCCGGCCAGCCU